AUGGAUGGCUUUAUCGAUGAUGAGCCCGAGGAGUCAGAAGAUGAAGAAGUAUACGAAGAUGCCAAAGAUCACGAAGGAUCUGGCGAAGAUGUUGCGAAUGAAAUCGUUGAUGCCCAGCCGGAGGAGUCGGAUGAGAGCAACGAUCAGCUUGCAGCUCAACUUAAUGAGAACAAAGAAUCUGGAGUGGAGAGCACAGAAGUGCCAAAGGGAAAUUUGGAGGCGACCUCGAAGGGUAAAGCUGAAUCUGAGGAUGAAUCAUCGAAGAGCGACGAAUCCGAGUCCGAAUCCGAGUCCGAAUUAGAGUCUAACAGAAAACAACCAAAUACUCCCAAGCCGGCUGCCCCAGGAUUCCAAUCUACUCAGAAGCUGCCCUCCUCCCAGCCGAAAUCAGCCCCUAAGACUACCCUCAAGAGUCUCUUGCAAGCUGCCAAGCAAGAGUCAACGCGCCAGCAAAAGCCAGCUCCAGCUCCAGCCAUCGCAGCCAAGCCCAGGACUUCUUCGGCUUCAAAGCCCAAAUCCAGCGUGUGGGAAGUACCAUCCUCAGAUGAUGAGAGCAAUGAUAGCGACGACAGCGAACAGGGUGAUAUUCUCCCCAAUGGUGAUUCCCGCAAGCCGCGAAAGCCUUACUCACUACGGGGUUAG